UUUUAACAAUCUCGAAAAUGGGCUGCUUAGCGAUGAUCACGACGCUCGUAGUCCUUUCGGCCAUCGGAGGCGGCUCUGCGGUGGAAUACAGCGUGACGAACAACGCCGAGAACACUCCCGGUGGCGCCAAGUUCAACACCGACAUCGGCGCGGAUUAUAGCCGUCAAACACUAGAAGCAGCGACCAAUUUCAUAUGGGAUCUCUUCCAGCAGACUAACCCUGCCGAUCGGAAACCCGUAGACAGAGUGGGCUUGUUCAUUGACGACGACAUGGAUGGAGUUGCUUAUGCCUCCAACAACGAAAUCCAUGUUAGUGCAAGGUACAUCAAUGAUGUUUCGGGCGACGUGAAAAGGGAGAUCACGGGCGUACUAUACCACGAGAUGGCACACGUGUGGCAGUGGAACGGGAACGGCCAAUCAGUGCCGGACGGUCUGAUUCAAGGGAUAGCAGAUUUCGUGAGGCUCAAGGCAAAUUAUGCACCGGCACACUGGGUGGGGAAGGGUGGGGGCGACCGUUGGGAUGAACGGUCCGACGUGACGGCAAGGUUCCUAGAUUACUGCGACGGGCUGAAGAGCGGCACAUUUGUUGCGGAGCUGAACAAGAAGAUGAGAGAUGGUUACAGCCCAAGUUUCUUUCAGGAGUUGCUUGGAAAGUCAGUCGACACUCUGUGGGCAGAUUACAAAGCUACAUAAGCCAAUUAAUUAAUUACAAUAUGCAUAUGUAAUGCUAUGUCAAAUAAGCAGGAUCCUCUUCUGUACCUUCUACUUAUGAGUUUUACUUUUCAUGAUGUUUAUGUAUAUGUGCAACUGUGCAAAUUACAAAUUCAGUAAAAAAUUUAAAAAUAGAUAAAGUUUGUAAUUUUAGAAGAAUAUUAUUAUAAACGUACUUUAAACGCGA